GACAAUGCCAUGCAAGAGAUCUACCGCAAGAUCGAUCGUGAAAAAGCCAUAAUCAAUGCCGCCAACCACCUGAAACAGGCCUCCAACAACGUAUCUGUGACUAGUAGAGCAGAUUCACAAGUACGCGAUGCCAGACGAAACAUCCAGUAUUUCGAGCAGACGCUCAAUGACCUGCGCGCACGGCGAAUGGGCAAUGACAUGAACAAUCUUUCCAUGUCAAGCAAUGGCGGACCUGCCGGAUCUGCUCACGGACGUGCAGGCUCUUCCGGCUCUGGCCACGAUAACCAACAGAGCUACGGUGGUGGAGCAGACUAUGGAGCUCCAGGUCACGGUGGCUACAGCAUGGGCGGGGCUCCGGGGUUGAUGCCACCACGAGCACCAUACUCGUCUGCUCCUUCAGAUCGAUCUCCCAAAGCACGUCCGAAUUACAGCAAGCUGGGUAAUCUGACAGCAAUAGACCUAAUCAAAUAUGACACGGCGCAUCUGGGUCCUCGCAUCCAGCUCAUGUUGUCACAACUCGAGUUCAAACUUAGUGUGGAGAAGCAGUACAAGGACGGCAUUGAUAAAAUGGUCAAACUCUACCAGAUGGAAGGCGAUCGCAAGAGCAAGGGUGAGGCUGAGAUGCGACGUAUGGAGAGCGCUCAAAAGAUCCAGCUGCUUUCGAGAGCACUCCGAAGAUAUGAGGACCUACACAUCGAUGUAGAGAAUGGAGCGGAUGCGGGCGACGAUGACAGCUUGGACACGCCUAGUCAGCGAAAGCCGCUUACUGGACACUUGUCGGUCAGAAUUCACGGCAUAGCAGACGUGGAUCACGCCGCGUCUGGUAGAUUCUCCCGUGGCCCUGAUACAUUCGUCAUUAUGAAGGUCGAAGACGCAUUCAAAGGCAGGACCAAAGCCACAAAGACGGAUCGAUGGACAGACGAGCAGCAUGAGUUUGACGUGGACAAGGCUAACGAAAUUGAAUUCACGGUCUACGACAAGACCAGCGGAGACCAUCCCAUUCCAAUCGGCCUUUUGUGGAUUCGACUGUCUGACCUUGUUGAUGAGAUCCGACGGAAACGGAUUGAGUCCGAGUUCAAUCAAGCUGGUUGGAUAACUGCCGACAAGAUGGACGGAUCUCAAUCUCGGCCAGAUAUGCAGUUCUCGCCGCCUCCGAAUUCAGCACACGGCGCUGGGGCUUCUGGCGGAGGAGCAACAGCCGCUGCAGCAGCUGGACCGGCUGGCUCUGGCCUUGCUCCGCAAACAGGACCUGUAUAUGUCGACGCUUGGUUUUCACUUGAGCCAAUUGGCAGGAUACAGCUCACGCUUGGCUUUGUGAAGCAAGUCAAAGAUCGCCGACCUUUCGACGUUGGUCUCAACAGAAAGGGUGCCGUCCGCCAAAAGAAGGAAGAUGUCGUCGAACAAUAUGGACACAAGUUCACUGUCCAGACCUUUUACAACAUCAUGCGCUGCGCGCUGUGUGGAGAAUUCUUGAAGUAUACUGCCGGCAUGCAGUGUGCGGAUUGCAAGUACACAUGUCACAAGCAGUGCUACCCGAAAGUGGUCACCAAGUGUAUAAGCAAGUCCAACGCUGAGACGGAUCCCGAUGAGGAGAAGAUCAACCACCGAAUUCCUCAUCGAUUCGAAAACUUUUCGAAUAUGGGAGCAAAUUGGUGCUGCCAUUGCGGAUACAUUUUGCCUCUUGGCAGGAAACAGUCUCGCAAGUGCUCAGAGUGCAAAUUGACGUGCCAUGCCAACUGCAUCCAUUUCGUACCAGACUUCUGUGGUAUGAGCCUGGAAAGUGCGAACAAGAUUCUCGCAGAGCUUAAGAAGACGAAGACCAGCAGAAUGCUGCAGAACAGCUCAAAGCUUCGGCCACCUUCAGGAGCGACAUCGGGCAGACCCACGCCGCCAUCAGCUCAAAGCUAUGCACCUUCACCAAGCCAUCAGGACCAGGUGCAGCAAAGAGAUGAUCCGGCGAGGGUUCAAGAUCGUGACAGAUUUUCAUACGGCAAGGAGCGCAUGUCUGAUUCUUAUGAUCAACCACCUCGCACUUCUUCCUUCGGACCUCCUGGUGCAGGUGCUGCAGAAGCUGCGAAGGCUUCUAUGACCACCGGGCAGUCCGCUCCAUCAUCUCCGGAUACACAUCGUCCUCAAGCACAACGAACGCAAUCAUCGCAAUCCGCAGCUGCAGCACUCGCAGCUUCUGCUGCUUUAUCAGGUCAGCGCCCUCAAGAACCUCGCCAGCCUUACAGCCGGGGAUCGACAGAACAAUUGCAGCAGCAGCAGCGUACUUCCUACGCAGAUGGUUAUGCGGAGAGCAAACGAGCGCCACCAGGACAGCAGAAGCCGACCUACAAUCCAGCAGAUUAUGCCGCAGUCUCGGGCUAUUCAUCUGGCCCGCCGUUCCAACAGCCAUCUCAACAACAGCCGCCAGUCCCAGCGAAGCAGUACCAGCCGCAACAACAAGUUCCACAAAUUCAGCCUCCAGUCUCGCCACCACCGAUGCAGCAGCCGAAUGUGUCUAUCACCGCACCUGUCGCCGAAGAAAGGAAACCAGCGCCUCCCGCUAAUACCGCCGGUACUGGUCGCCGCAUCGGUCUGGACCAUUUCAACUUCCUUGCUGUGCUCGGAAAGGGUAACUUCGGUAAAGUUAUGCUUGCCGAGACCAAGACCACGAAACAGCUCUAUGCAAUCAAGGUGCUCAAGAAGGAGUUCAUCAUCGAGAAUGACGAAGUUGAGAGCACCAGAUCGGAGAAGCGAGUCUUCCUGAUAGCAAACAAGGAACGACACCCGUUCCUCACCAACCUGCAUGCUUGUUUCCAGACCGAAACCCGGAUAUACUUUGUCAUGGAGUACAUCAGUGGUGGAGACCUGAUGUUGCACAUCCAGCGAGGACAGUUCGGGACUAAGCGCGCCCAGUUCUAUGCUGCAGAAGUCUGCUUGGCGUUGAAGUAUUUCCACGAGAAUGGCGUCAUCUACCGCGACUUGAAACUGGACAACAUUCUGUUGACGUUGGAUGGUCACAUCAAGAUUGCCGAUUACGGUCUCUGCAAGGAGGACAUGUGGUAUGGGUCAACAACUAGUACUUUCUGCGGAACGCCCGAAUUCAUGGCUCCGGAAAUUCUGCUCGACAAGAAGUAUGGUCGGGCAGUGGAUUGGUGGGCUUUCGGUGUGCUGAUCUACCAAAUGCUCCUGCAACAAUCUCCUUUCCGCGGAGAGGACGAGGACGAGAUUUACGAUGCCAUUUUGGCAGAUGAGCCUCUGUACCCCAUCCACAUGCCGAGAGAUAGCGUCUCCAUCCUACAAAAACUGCUUACUAGGGAGCCCGAGCUCAGGUUGGGAUCAGGACCAACUGACGCACAGGAGAUCAUGAGCCAUCCUUUCUUCAGGAACGUCAACUGGGAAGAUGUCUAUUACAAGCGAGUGCCACCGCCAUUCCUGCCGACGGUGAAGAGCAGGGCUGACACGAGCAAUUUCGAUUCUGAGUUCACCAGCGUGACGCCCGUUUUGACGCCGGUGCAAUCUGUUCUUUCGCAAGCCAUGCAGGAAGAAUUCCGGGGCUUCUCUUAUUCGGCGGACUUU